AGUGCUGGUAGAGAGGAGUCCUCUGAAGAACAAGGAGAGCCAACAGCACUGUACAAUGUUAGCACAGCUAUUCAGAAAAAUGCUUUGGAAGCUAUGGACAUGUUGCAAUUGGAGAUACAAAGUGUUAAGGAGGAGAAUGAAAUAUUUAAGGAGUUUUUCAGUAAGAUUAUGGAAUGUGGUGGAGAUGAAUAUCAUCAAAUAAUAGAGAGAGGAGGUUGGUGAUGAUUCAUUCAACGUGAUUAUAUAACAUAGUGUUUGGUGUUCUUAAUUGAAAUAUUAAUAUGGAUACCUUUUGAUAUAUGUGUCUUGUAGUAUCCAUGUACUUCAAACCAGAUCUGCUGAAUCAAACUAAAAAUCUAAAUUUUUACAGUGGCUCUCAAAAGUAUUUAUGAGUAAACCCCCUUCACCCUUCAGAGUGAAGGAGAAAGGAACCUAGUUAAUUUCUUACAAGAGAUUUACUAGUUCAACUUAUGGUUUAAUAAGGCUUCUGUUUUUGGUGUCAAUUUUUAGAUUAAGUGAUGUUACCAUGACAUCAUCAUCUCUGAUGGAAGGCAGAUAUAUUCCAAUUUUGGGUCUAAUACUGCAGGAUCUUUGUAAAAUGUCUUUUGUUCUUUGCCUCAUUAUGGAAAUAAUAAUGCCUGACCUUUUGAAAUGACUAAACUUUUUGUUCAUACAUUUUUGCCAUUAUUCAGUGUCUAAUGUGUCAUUUUACUAUAAAUACAUUGGAUUAAUUCUGAUAGGUUUAAACAAAAACAGGCUAUUUGAUAGGAACUGUAAGUGGUCAUCAAUGGAAAGACACUAAGUCUCGCUUGAAAGAUCUCCUUUUUCUUACUUGCUUGAUAUUAAAUCAUGAAGUAGCUCUUUGCCAAGAUGGAUGUCUGAGCUUGCCUAAACUUUUGAAUCUUUUUCUAUUUGGCAAUCUUUUCCCAGGUGAUUUCUUUUCUGUUGACUUCUUUUUCACACGAAGUAGGUCAAUGGAUAGUAUGGGUAUAGUUGCUUGAAACCCAAGAGUCUAUUAGAUGAAAACUGUGUUUUAUGCUCUUUUUAUACACCUUGCUUGAAAAAAAUUAGCAAUUGUAUUGAGCUACCAUGUUAGUUUUGCUUGAUGACAGUUUUAAAGCUAAAGCUAUGAUUGCGUCCAGAUCUGAUGUAAUCAAAGAGUUUGUGGAGCCUCCUUACCUGGGAGCCAGACAAUUUUUUUCUUUGGUUCUUGUCAUGGUGAUGUCUGGUUCUCUGAACAGUAAUCGGGCUGUAUUCAGGCUCUGUCAGGCUCCAAAUUUUAGUACAGGAAGAUCUCAUUGUUUACUUUUCUUUUCUAGUUUUAAACUUCACUGUAAAUCAGUUGUGAGAGUUAGUGUUAUACUGCAGCUGAUCAGGUCAUCUUUUGUUAUCACAUGAUAGACAGAUUUUUAGAAUGGUGCUGAUUUGUGCAUAUAAUGUGUGGAAGGAAUUAAUCAUUUUGAUUUAUUUCUUGUGCAGGUUUGAAUUUACUUCAACAUAAAGUGCAGGAGAUCAUAAAUCCAGUU